AUGACAGAGGUGGAGCCGGUUCUCGACUUCGCCUCGUCCGAGCGCGCGGGGCGCCGAAACGCCCUCCCGGAUGUCCUUGGUUCCCCAGCAGGGGUCAGCCCCUCUGACCUGCCCCUCAAAUUGGGCGACGCCUCCCCGCCAGAUGGUCCUGGAGGGGUGCAGUCUCCCAAAUCAGAGGAGGCGCCCGCCCCCACGAACAGGCCGGAGGGGAAGGACGAUGGGUCGUAAAGGACUAGGGGUCACGGAUCCUCCUGGGGCGGGCGGGGCAUGAGAGAAAAGGAGGGGACAAAAGAAGAUGUUCACCGGUUCACAGGCCAGUGUCAUCGCUGGGAGAACAAGAGCGGCUGCCAGUGGAGUGUGGACGAGAGAGAGAGAGAGAGAGAGAGAGAGAGAGAGAGAGAGAUGUAGAGAGUGUGAGAGAAAGAGAGAGUGUGAGAUAGAGAGAGAAAGAAAGAGGGAGCAAGAGAGGGAGAGAGAGUGUGUGUGUGUGAGAGAGUGAGAUGCAGAGAGUGAGUGAGAGAGAGAGGGGGGGAGAGAGAGAGAUGAGAAAAGCAAAGGAGAAUGGGGAAGAGUGUGAGAUUGAAACAAGUGGAUGGUGAAAGGGAGAGAGAGAGAGAGGAUGAGGACUGAUAAAGGAAGAAAAGGGAGAGAUGUGUGAGAGAUGUGUGGUGGGGACCCUACAGUGCACUGUUGAAAUUUAACAUGGUUUGCCUUCAAACUUCAGGACUGUUGCAAAUAUACAGAUAUAUAUUCUGUUGAAACAGAAAUUGAGAGUGGGGUAUAUAUGAUAGUGUUUUUUGUGCUGUGAAGAAUUUCCAUGGCAGAAAAAUGUUUGUACCAUUCUUUAAAAAAAAAAAAAAAAAAAAAGGCUUAUGGCUUUGUGGCUUUGCAUAAUUAGAUGUAUGCAAAAUGGUUAAUGGCAUUUGCACACUGGUGGAAUUGAUCAAGCUGAAGUUUAUUGUAAGUGAGGUUUUCUUGUCCACUGUAACUUCUCAGAGUCAGAACAUAGUGUUCUUGUGCAUUUUUGUCACAGUAUGAUUUUAUAGAGCUACGUACGUGUUUUUAAGAACACACUCUGCAGAAUCAUUCAUGAGGCAGACAGUGCCCAGCAAAAAUUCCGUGCCCAGGAAAACACUACUGCCAAUUAUUUUAAUUCUUCCCUUACUAUAGAAAGCGGAGAUAACUUCAUGUGUACCUGUACAGUAGAGAGUUGUGUCUUAAUGGUUCUUCACCAUUAAUGAUGGUAAUAUCACAAAUGACCGCUCGAAAAGUUUUCCGAUUCUAGAGAACAGCACGCACAAUGAAUUUAUUUUAUCUUCAGUCUUUCGGUAUAAAUCCACAGAUGCGAUUUUAAGACGUACACAGUGGGUACACUUUUUUCUAUGAGUCCUCUUUUCGACAACUACGAACAACACUUGAAUCGACACCUGGACAUGCAAACGUCCAGCAUCACAACAAUGCGUAUUUGAUGUGACGCAGUGAAUGAAAACAUAAGCAGCUGUAGAGGUGUUUUUUUGACUUCGUAAACAGGCAUAAUAGCCUGCAGAGAGCAGCACAGCAGCCAUCAUGUUGGGAACUAUCAGCACAGGUGGAGAUCGUUACAGGGGGUGUGUCUGUUUAUUAACAGAUCUGAAAACAUCACCAAGAGUUAAGACUUCAUUCUGCGGCGAGGGACUGGUUAUCUUACGACGAAGGGCACAGCGUGGUCUGAAAUAUUUCCGUCCUAGGUGUUACACUUGCCGUGGUUCUUCAAAUAAUGCAUAAUAUACUUCAAAUUCUUAAAGGCACGGAACACCAUUAAUUCUGUACACAGAGCAAGACUGCGUUAGAACCAUAUGGCCACUGGUCUGUCAUGUGACUCUCUCAAUCUGAAGAGCAUCGGUGUGUGAAAUGCAUGCGGAGUGACAAUUCACCACUCACUCCGCAUUGGACCAUCGUCUGUUUGAUUUUAUCGCACUCAUGAAUGUAAAUAUGUGUAUUUUAUAUUUACACGAUGCGUCAAGAUCGGUCUGAGGUAUCAGUAUUACUUCCAGGGCCGGCCCUAGGAUUUUGGUGGCCCUAAACAAAAUCUGUGGGCUGCGUUGGGGGGGGGGGGGGUGUUGCGAGCUUGGAUUUUGUCGAGCGUUAUUCAUUCCCGAUCGCUAGUUCCGCGAUAGGGGAUGAAUAACGCAAUUACGAAAUACGAAAAUAACAUUGUUUACCUUAUAUAAACAUUGGAUCGUGUGCCCCCCCCCGUGGUCGUGUGGCCCCGGUUGUGGCCCUAAACAACUGCAUAGACCAUUUAUGCCACGGGCCGGCCCUGGUUACUUGAUAUACACAAGUGAACAAAUCACACAUGCUGUUUUAUGAACACAAACAUCUUAUACAGGGAAAUUUUAAAGUACCAGACUGUAAUACGGUCAAUCCAUGAAAUCUUAUUUGUAUGUAUAGCUAAUGCUUAAAACAACGGUGCCGUACAUAUUUCCCAAAUGAAUGAGAGAUGUUUUAUUGGGUUACAUAUACUAAUAUAUAUACUGUGCCGAAAUAAGACGACACAGAGCUACAAUAGGAGCACAGAACAGUGCAUUGACUGCACGGUGUUCAGUGUAAAACUUGAAGUUAAGUUGCCAAGACGAGCGAGAGAACAUUGUGUCUGUUUUGCUGGUAUGCAGGUAUCAUACAGUACAUGUAUGUGAUUGUGUAGAAUCUGUCAUGUGAUCUACUGUAACCACCGUAAUAAAUCCACAGGGCUCAAAA